AUGAGUUACCUUUUACCAGCCAAAAGAGACAUAAAAAUGAUAUUUAUUGGUGACUCAAGCGUAGGAAAAUCGUGUAUUAUUAAUAAAUAUAUCAAAGGACAGUUCUCUGAAGAAGUUGAGCCGACAGUAGGUGCGUCAUUCUUUUCUCGAGAAAUGGAAAUACGUGGAGAGCAUAUAGUUUUGAACAUUUGGGAUACGGCGGGUCAAGAGGCAUACAGAUAUCUAGUUCCGAUGUAUUAUAGAAACGCAGAUAUUGCAAUUGUUGUUUUCGACCUUACAAAAUUUGAAUCAUUCCAAUCAGUAGAACAUUGGGUUGAAGAUGUCAGAAAGAGUUGCAAUAACGAGGUUAGCGUCUUCAUUUGCGGAAAUAAAUGUGAUCUUGAAAUGAAUAGAGCUAUUUCUCCCGAACAGAUCCAAGCGAAAGAAAUAGAAUUGAAAACAUCAUGCAUUGAAACCAGUGCACUUACUGGACAAGGCUUAGAUAAGUUAUUUGCAUUUUCUUUAGGUUCACACCUGGAGCAAAAUCCAAAAAUCAUCGAAGAUAGUGCAUCUCCUUUUACACCAAAUUUAACUACCCAGCGGCAACAUCAUUGUUGUUAA